UUAAGUUUGUGCGACAAGUUUUCACGCAUCAAAUAUGGACAUUCUCUUGCGAAUCUCAAUUCUCUGGAUGAAAUUCACAUCCCUCCUCAUCUAUCCACUCCUUAUCAUUCACGGAGCAAUUUUUACACCCCGAAAACCUCUGCCGCCCUUCGUAAAUUGUGAUCUCCUGACGAUUUCUGCCAAUGAUCUCGCGAAGAAAAUACGGUGUCGCGAAGUGAAGUCAGAGAGCGUGGUCAGAGCCUACAUUGCUCGACAGGAGGCUGUGAAUCCUCUGAUCAAUGCCAUUGUGGAGAAUGGCUUCGAACGCGCCAUCGAGAUGGCAAAAGAUGCUGAUAAGAAGUGUUCAGAAUUCGAAGAAUCCUUUCUGGCGGAGAAAUUUCCCCUCCUCGGCGUCCCCGUGACGAUCAAGGAAGCGUGCAGAGCCGCCGGUUUCCCAAUCACCAUGGGAAACUUCUGGCGCAAAGCCACGCGAUCUCUUGAGAACAGCGAAGCUGUUCAGCUGAUACUCAAUGCUGGCGCUAUUCCGCUGCUUGUCUCCAACACGCCAGAGUUCUGCUACAGUUGGGAGACCAACAAUUUUGUCACAGGACGCACGCUGAAUCCCUACGAUCAGAGAAGAUCCGCCGGCGGAUCGUCCGGAGGCGAGGGCGCUCUUCUGGGCUCUGGGGCUUCUCUGUUCGGCAUUGCGGCCGACACAGCCGGCUCCAUUCGCUGUCCGGCCAUGUACAACGGCGUCUUUGGCCACAAACCCACACCCGGAGUGAUCUCCAACGCAGGAAUGCUUCCAGAUCUCACCAAAACCGCAGGCAGUGACUACAUGAGCGCCGGUCCAAUGUGUCGCUAUGCCAGAGAUCUUCCGCUCAUCACGAAGAUCAUGGCAGGUCCGAAGGCCAUUCAUCUCAAGCUGGACGAUCCCGUGCCCGUGGAAGAGAUCAGGAUAUUCUUCAAGAAGAGCGUGGGAAGUUCUCUCUUCACCAUUCCGACGUCAAAGGACAUGAGUCGAACCUUUGACGAGGUCAUUCAGCACUUCAGUGACUUCGGAAUGAAGCCAAUGCCGCUCGAUGUGGACAUGAGUGAAGCGCCUGAGUUCAUGAUCGCGGGAACGGCGGCUCUUAAGGACAUUCCGAGUGUCUUGGAAGAUCCAUCAGGUGUUCACAAGACGCCAUAUCUCUUCCUGGAGAUGCUAAAGUCACCCUUUGGCUGCUCCAGAUUCACCUUCGGCGGCAUGUACUUGAUGAUUCUCGUGAGAAUCGCCACGAGUUUCCUCUUCAGGCGCAACAAUGCCAAAUACGCGGAGAAAUUCGAGAAGCUCCGCAGUGAUUUGGUGAGCAAACUCGGCUCCAACGGCGUCUUCAUCUUCCCCACAUCGCCGCGACCCGCGCUCAGGCAUCACGAGUACUAUACCAUGUGGUACGGACUGUCCUACACUUUCCUGAUAAACAUGCUGGGCUUUCCCGGCACCAGCGUCCCAAUUGGCUUCUCAUCCGGCGGACUUCCGCUGGGCGUUCAAGUUGUCGCUGGUCCUUAUCAAGAUCGCCUCUGUUUCUCCGUGGCUCACCAUCUUGAGCGCGCCUUUGGUGGAUGGAAGCCGCCAAAGUGAUGCUCAAGUGGGAGAUAAUAUGAGCAGAAGUUGCGAACAGCGUGGGGAGAGUGUUUAUCAUCAAAUUUUCUAGGUUAUGUGACUUAUUUGAGACUAAAUAACAGCUGGAAAGGGAAUUCUUGCAAAGCAAAUGAAAUUUUAUCCACUUUUAACCAGAAUUACGUUAUGAAAAUCAUGAUUUUGGAUGUUUUGUGGUAUAAAACAGCGCUAAAGUCGAACAUAACCUCAAUUCUACUUACUUAACAGCUGGAAUUUUAAGCUAGAAAGUUGUUAGUUAGAUUUCGGUUAGUUUUUGGUCAAUUUUCAGGAUGACAACGCUAAAAUAACCAGAAUCUUAAGAAUUGUAGAAGUGUUGUGCAGAUUUCAGCCAUAUUAUCUCCCCCUUGGUGAUGGCAAUCGACGUGAUCGAGUUGAAAAAAAUCGUGUAAUGGAGAGGAAAAGUCACAAAACUGGUCAAUGUCUGUAUCUGUAGUGCAUUGGUAAAAGUGGAUAAUCAUGUAAAUGAGAAUAAAGAGUUGUGGCGAAGGUCAAGAUGAAAUUGCAUUGAUGAAAACUUGUCAACAAAUUCACUUCCACAUUGCAUUGGGCGCAAGUUGGCUGGCG